AUGGUCAGUGCACUUUCCACCUCGUUUCCUGCUGUCCUCUACGUCACGGGCUUUUCGCCAAACCUUAGGGCUCGCGACCUCGCGUACGAGUUCGAGCGCUUCGGCCGCCUCGUCCGCUGCGACAUCCCCGCCCUCAAGUCGCCUUCCUCGACUCCCUUCGCCUUUGUGGAGUUCCGCCGCGAGGAUGACGCAGAGGACGCUUACUAUGACAUGCACGGGCGUACUGUUGAAGGCCGUCGCCUGACUGUGCAGUGGGCCAAGCGACCCCCGAGCGCCGCGUGGCGCCACGAGGACUUCCGUCGUGAGCGUGAGUGGGGCGGCCGUGGUGGUGGUGGCGGCGGUGGCGGCCGUGAUCGCGACCGCCGCUCCCCUCCCCGGCGCCGUUCGCCCUCGCCUCGCCGCCGUUCGCCCUCUCCGCGUCGUCGCUCGCCCUCGCCGCGUCGCGACCGCGACAACGACCGCGACGAGCGUGACCGCGACUACGACCGCCGUGAGGGCCGUGGCCGUGAGGAGCGUGACGAGCGCGAUGAGCGAGGCCGCUCUCCCUCGCGGGAUGACGACCGUCGCCGCUCUGCUUCGCCGCAGCGCGAGCGUGAGCGCGAGGCGGCGGACGAGGACGCGCGUCCCGCGGAGGACGACCGUCGCGAGGACUAGGUGCGUGUACAUGUUUCGCAGGCCUCGGUUAUGCGCGCAUGUCUGAAAUUGUCUGAUUACCAUGAAUUGUGGAUGCAACGCGUUGUGCGCUUGUGGGGUAUACGGCUGAGCAUCGCCUUACGU